AUGCUCUCAGCAGCACUCCCAGUGCUGUCAACGGCUUUUCCAACACAGAAUACCGAGAAAACACCCUUACCACUGAUCAUAUGGCACGGACUAGGCGACAGCUAUCAGGCCGAUGGACUCAAGGAAGUGGCACAACUUGCCGAGGAGGUUAACCCUGGCACAUAUGUACACAUAAUCCAUUUGGAUGAAUCCGACAACGGAGACCGACAGGCGACUUUUAUUGGCAAUGUCACUGAACAAAUAGCUCAAGUCUGCGAACAACUGACUUCGGAACCCAUUUUGAGCACAGCGCCGGCCGUUAAUGCUCUCGGUUUCUCCCAAGGCGGACAGUUUCUGCGGGCUUUUGUCGAGAGAUGUAACUUCCCCAAGGUCCACAACUUAGUGACUAUGGGAAGCCAGCAUAACGGAAUUUUCAAAUUUCAGUCGUGCGAGAGCACUGGGGAUUGGUUUUGCCGCAGCGCUGAGGCUCUCUUGCGCUUUGGACGAUGGUCUGAUUUUGUUCAAUCUCGCCUUGUUCCCGCGCAAUAUUUCCGCGAUGUCAAUGAGUAUGAUUCAUAUCUUGAGCACAGCAACUUUCUUGCCGACAUCAAUAAUGAGCGUGAGUUAAAGAAUGUUGUAUAUAAAUCAAACCUCGAAUCAUUGAAUCGCUUCGGCAUGUUCAUGUUUUCGGAGGACACGACAUCCGUUCCGAAAGAGAGUGCCUGGUUUGCCGAAGUGAACCAGACCAGCGACGAGAUCACGACUCUGCGAGAUCGCUCGAUUUACAAGGAAGAUUGGCUAGGGCUACGCUCGCUGGACGAGCAAGGAAAACUCGACUUUAAGACUAUCCCGGGUCCGCACAUGGCACUUACUGAGAAGGUAUUGACUGAGGUAUUCACGGAAUACUUUGGUCCCGUUGAAGUUCCAGAUAAUUCAGCAGAUCUGCCUCGUUUGGUUGUACAAGGCGCUUGA